CAACCACUACCAGCCGCUCAGGGAAAUGUGCUGGCCAAUCGGAUGUUGAAACUGAGCGUAAAAGGAAGUACCAUGGAUCAAAACUCCGGCGAACCGAAAAGUUGAGCAAAAGAGAGGAAAAAUAACUGCGAAAUGCACGUUACAUUUUAUGCAAUUCCCACAACGAACCAAAAGAAUGUCCAUUUUAAGGUCUUCGGAUAGUUUCUCUUUUGAUGCCUCGCAAAAGCUCCAAGACCGCGAAGCCUCCGUUGCUGUUCGCCGAGCAGCCCGUGUGCGGCGCUCGACUCCCAUCCAGUCCUGAAGUCCGGGCUGCUUUGCAUCCCAAAGAGUUCUUCCCUGAGGCGCAAGCACGGAGAAACCUCAGCUCCUGGGUAAACCCACAGUUUGACGCGUCACUGGAGGCCGCAGCUCCCACGGUGAGACGCGGCCGUCACAGGAGGUGCAUCUUGGACAAGAGCAUACGGGACACUUGCAGCCUGGUGUCCAAGAAGACCAUCGGCAAGUUCCCCCCGCUGUUGUUCCAGUCUAACGGGCACACUCAACAUCAUCAGGCGAAGACGUUUCACAUGAGCCGCACACACUCUGGAGGACGUGGGUUGAAAAGUGUGGCAUGUCAACAGGAUGCACCAAAAAGGCGAAUCCUGAAGAAUCAGGACGAUGGCGCCCCAUGUUUUUCUUCCUCCAAUCUGCCAAUCGAAGAGGGAACCUCCAUCUGUGUGCCACCUAAUGUGGACACCCCAAAAGUACAACUACAAGGUGCUUGUGCCUCCUCUUCCACAUCCUUCUCCUCUUCUUGUUCUGCACUUUGGCUCCUCGCCCAGCCAUUCACACCGCCACGCUGUCAGCCGCCUGACAUGCUGGUACCGGACACGCCCGAACGCGACUACAACCUGAAAGUGACCUGGAGGAGGCGGACGUGGUUGAUGGGCAUGUUGGAGGAGAGAAAACAGCUGGCGGAAUGCAACAAACUCAUCACCAGCUAAUACUGACACAUGUUACCACUUCCGUUGAUGUGUAAGACAUCCAUCCCGAUUAUUUUCCAGAGCACUCAUCUUUAUGAAGGUCACAGCUGAGCUGGAGCCCACCCAAGAAGGGCAUUGUCCAAUUGCAAGGGUACACGUGGACAGACGAGCAUGGACACUCAUAUGCACAGAAAUGGACAAUUUAGGGUCUUCAAAAAAGCUAAGAGGCUUAUUUUGGAAUAUGGGAAAAAAAAGCGCCCUACCUGGAGAAACCACAAUCUAACAUUUCGCAGUUUGUUCAGUAUUUUCUCGAGGGGGUCCCAUUUUGACAUCAUCAUAUGGUACAUGCGUUCUGCUUUCUGCACCCUGGAACUGAGGCAGCACUGGGUGCGUUCCCUGCAUGCAUAAAAUUAUGUCAAAUGAAUCAUGACAUGUGUAUGGUAGAUGUUUCAGAAAUACUUUUGAUGUAGUUUCCCUUGUAUUGUGUAUUAUGUCAACUGUUGAAUAAAAGCAAUUAUGGAACACCAACGGUGUCCAUUUGAUGUUCAAACGAUGCAUAGCAGUACGCUGAAGAGGUGAACUUACACCCAAAUCACUUGUAAACGUUUUAUUUGUCUCGCGGCAUCAAAACGUACACUUUGUGACUGAGAAAACAAACGCGACGAAAACUCGCGCAGACGAACUACACUCGCCCAUUUCCGCAGCAGCAACCAAUCACACGCGGCCUAGCUGAGCCAUCCGCCAAUGUGGGCGCGCCUUGUUAGCGCGUGCGGUAACUAGGGACGGGCUGGCUCCUCGGCGAAAAAACGUCUGCACGAAGAUCUCCCUUAGCAACCGCGGAUAAACAUGAGUUACUACAGCAUCAGGUAAGAAGAAGCCACUUUAUGCUCAUCUUUUAUAUGUUUCCUGAGCAAGAGGAAAGUCGCCAUGGCUACGGCGUACUUUUUGUCACGCGACAAACGAGCCAAGCGUAACUUUUGAGAGGAGAAAGAGACGACUUGGGCCAAUGCUACGUGCUAACGGUAAAGAACCAGCUAUAAACGUCCCGUGGCGAUUAAAACCUUAGCGGCCAACGUUUGGGAACUAAAGUGAAGGCGACAAACCCACAACGUAAAUGCGAGUGCGUGGUGUCUAACUGUGUUUAUUUUUUUACUUAAUUUGCCGUGUUGGAUAUAACGUUGCAAAAGUGUUUUUCAUGAACGACAUUGCACUUAAAUGAGUCAUACAAAA